CGGGCACCCGCCGGAGGUGAUGCUGGGGGCAGAAAGAUCAGGGCCGCCAGGUGAGGCAGCGGAGGGACGAGGGGCUUGAGGAGGGGGUGCCGACGGCAGGAAGGCCUACCCAGGGGGGCCUUGUGCGCAGGAAGGAGAGACUCAGAAGGCCAGGGACUGGAGGGCGAGGGUGUAGGCGUGGGGACAAGGGCGCGCACGGGGAAGGGCAGGCACCUGGAGGAGUUAUCUAAAUGAGGAAGAGUGCUGAGAACGGGGAGACGGAACAAUGGCAAAGUGGAUGGGGGGCAGACGGCUGCCAGCAAAGGACAAGGUUGGAGAGAUGGCUGGGGACAAGGCCACGGUCUGCGACAGCAGAGGCACUGGGGGCAGCUUGUCUUUUGGGGGUACUUGGAGUGGUGUGGGAGGGGAAUCAGGGACCCCAAGGGAUGAAUCCCAAAGACAACAGCUGGACGCUGUCGCCUGGUUUCUUUGCCCAGCAGCCCAGGCACACAGCAGCCCUCUGCCAGAGGGCUGCGGCCGGCGCGGGAAGCGGGAGAGGUCGGCCGCUCUCCAGGAGGAGUCGGAGGAGGAGGCAGCCCCGGGCAAGGCGGAAGCCUGGGUCGUGGACAGGCUGUGCGGCCUCAAGAUGAGGCUGAAGCAACGGCGGGUGUCCCCGGUGCUGCCCGAGCACCACGAGGCCUUCAAAAGGCUGCUUGGGGACCCUGUUGUUAAAAGAUUCCUGGCCUGGGACAAAAAUCUGAGGGUAUCUGACAAGUAUCUCCUGGCCAUGGUCAUAGCGUAUUUCAGCCGGGCUGGCCUCCCCUCCUGGCAGUACCAGACAAUUCACUUCUUCAUAGCUCUCUACCUGGCCAACGACAUGGAGGAGGACGACGAGGGCCCCAAGCAGGCCAUCCUUUGGCUCCUCUACGGGAACAACCGUGCCCGGCGUCUCCUCUUCCACCAACGGCGAGUCCAAUUCGCCCAGUCCAUGGGCUGGAGGGCCUGGGUCUCCCGGGAAGAGUGUGAGGAGAUCCAAGCGUUUGACCCAGAGCUCCCGGUGUGGAGGCGAGACCGCAGCCUGCUUGCUGUGUGAGCGCUCCCGGGACCCCGGAGGCCUGGUUGCACCGGCCCGAAAGAAGGGAAGUCUGGACCCUCGGGUGUAGACAGAGCACCUCGUUGUGUCGACUUAGGAAGUCACCCUCCCAGACGCUGACUCCGCUCCCAGCCACAGGCCGAAGACACAUGCAGGUA